AUGUUCGGCAAAGGCUGCCAUUACUCUGUUGGCUACUACAGCGGGCAGUCCUCGUCCGGGCUGGCCUCCACCGAGACUUUCUCCUUCGAAAGCAGUCUGAAAACUCGAGCAACAGUGUCGAACCUCGUCUUCGGCUGCGGGACUUCCAACUCCGGGUCUUUCCCGCCGGCGAUCAGCGGAAUACUGGGGAUGGACAGGGAACCGACGUCCUUGCCCCGGCAGCUCGGCGCUGGGAUCAAGAACCGGUUCUCCUACUGCCUCUCCCCGACCACAUCCUCAUACGUCAGGUUCGGGGACGAGGCGGUGAUCCAAGGGAGGAACGUGCAGAGGACGCCGUUCCUCGAGACGAGAAACAAACGGAGCACCACUAGCUACGCCCUCCCGUUGUUGGAUCUCAGCAUCAACGGGAGGAGGCUUGGGGCGAGAUUCCCAGAUGGAAUCUACAUAGAUUCCGGAUCCUCGUUGAGCCUGCUGGAAACGAGCGUGUAUGUUGCUGUGAAAAAUUCUCUUGCUAGCUAUUUUGCCAGUUUUCACGAUGUUAAGAGGAGCAAUGCACGGGAGAAGUUUCUCUGCUAUAGCUAUGCGGCGGCACGGCCGACUUUACCGACAAUGUUUUUUCAUUUUAAUGGGGCUAAUUUGGCGGCUCCGCCGGUGAAUUUGUUCUUCUUUCCGGGCGGGAAUGUGUUCUGUUUGGCGGCGUUGGAGUCGAAAACUAUUUCCAUUUUGGGGUCGUUUCAGCAGAGGAAUGUGAGGUUUGUGUAUGAUUUGCAGCAGAAGAUGCUGUCGUUUGCUCCUGAGGAUUGUUCUAGAGACUUCCAUCAGCUUGGAGGCUGA